GUCCAAAAACCGAAUAAAGAAAGAAGCAAAUGGGCAUGAUUCUCUCCGAGGAAUAAGAGCUCCUCCCUUAAUGGCGUCGUGCUACUUCCCCUCGAAAUUCCGCCCUCUUUUACUGCUUGCUCUUCCGGCUCUGCUCCUCUCCUGCUUGCUUCUCUCAGUGCCCAGAUCGAAGAAGGUGGCCAUGUCCAAAUCGGGAGCAGAAGAAGAAGCAAGAUUGGUGACGGAGAUUCAUGGUGUUAAGAUAGAGAAGAGCCCUCCUCAGUCCAAACUCGAUGAGCUUGGCGUCGCCAAUUGGCCCAAGUGGGGAUGCGGUCCAAGUAAGUUCCCAUGGACCUUCGAAUCCACAGAGACAAUGUACUUGCUGGAAGGGAAAGUGAUAGUGUAUAUUGACGGGCAUGAUGGUUCUUUCGAAAUCGGAGGCGGGGAUCUGGUUGUAUUCCCUAAAGGUAUGAAGAUUGUUUGGGAUGUCGUCGAAGCUGUGAACAAGCACUACAGCUUGGAAAAGAACUGAGGAAUUUGGAACUCUGUUUGUAACUUCAUGUGUCUGCUAAUCUGAUAUCUGCUUACUAGGCGGCACUAGAUUUCAAUUGCUGUCAACUGGAGGAGGAACAUAUCGCUACCAGAGAUUUAUAGCAUCAUCUCGUAUUUAAACUGUGGGCAGGUCUUCGCUUCUUUCUAAACAGUGUUCUUCCUGAGCUUACAGGAAAAAAAAAAUUGCACUCCUGUUAACUGUGUUGUUUCUUAGGCGAGGUUGCUUAGAUGAUGCUUUGCCACAUUAAGAGAUGAUCUUGUCAAAUUCUGGUUCGUUAUUGCAUUCAAGAUAAGAUUGUGUGCCAGGUUCUA